ACUAAAGGAUCGUCCUCCCUCCCCUCUCUUUCUCUCUCUCUCCCCCACCCCCACUUUUUUCUCUGGAAAAACUUAUGUGAAAAAGAAAAUGAAGUCUUUAUAGGAGCUGAUGAAAUUGAUGGUGAUAAGGUAUUUAAUCAUAGCUCUCUGUUUCACAAAGUCUGCCUAUUGAUCGUGAUUGUGGGAUGAACACCACCAGAGUCUUACAGCAGUGGCUCGAGGCUAGCUAGCUAAGUAGCUUAUUGUUUAUGAUUUGCAAAUGGGAUGGCCUUCUUCCCAGCAACAAAUUUCAUGCUCCAAACUCAUCCUCAUGAAGAUGAACAUCAUCAAUCUCACACUAGUUCUCUUAAUCAAAUUCUCUCCUCUUGUCCACCCCAAGAUUUUCAUGGGGUUGGAUCAUUUCUAGGGAAGAGAACAUCAUCAAUGUCAUUUUCAGGAGUGGAUUUGUGUGAAGAGGCAAAUGGUGGUGGGGAGGAUGAUUUGUCUGAUGAUGGGUCACAACUAGGGGAGAAGAAGAGAAGGCUUAACAUGGAACAAGUUAAGACACUUGAGAAGAACUUUGAGUUGGGUACCAAGCUUGAGCCUGAAAGAAAAAUUCAGCUUGCAAGGGCACUUGGACUCCAGCCUAGACAGAUUGCUAUCUGGUUCCAAAACAGAAGAGCUAGGUGGAAGACUAAGCAGCUUGAGAAAGACUAUGAUCUCCUCAAGAGACAAUUUGAAUCUAUCAAAGCUGACAAUGAUGCACUCCAAGCUCAAAACCACAAACUCCAUGCCGAGAUAUUGGCACUUAAAGGUAGGGAGCUAACAGAGCCCAUCAACCUGAAUAAAGAAACAGAGGGUUCUUGCAGCAACAGAAGUGAGAACAGUUCAGAAAUCAAGUUGGAUAUAUCAAGAACACCAGCAGCUAUUGACAGUCCAUCAAUAUUUCAUCAUCCAAUUAUUACAAGCAGACCUCUCCUUCCACCAUCAUUAAUGAGGCCUACGGGUGGAGGAGGUGGUGAACAGCUUUUCCAAAUCUCUUCAAGGCCAGAAAUCCAAUGCCAAAAGGUUGAUCAAAUUGUCAAAGAAGAAAGCCUCACAAACAUGUUCUGCACCAUGGAUGACCACCAAUCUGGGUGUUGGCCAUGGCUUGAGCAACAACAACAUUUCCACUGAAGUUCCAACUCUAGUACUCCAUACAUAAUACCCAUUUUGCAGUUUGAAAAAAUUACCUUAUUUUCAUGACUUUCUUAUAUGAGUCCAUGUUUUGUUUAUGUACUUUUUUUUUGAGUUUUUAUGAUAACAAAUAAAAUGCUGGAGUUUGUUUUCUUU